UUCUUUUCACGACCAUUCUCUUUCUUCUCUUAUCUUCUUCUUCUCUCUCUUUCGUUCUUUCUUUCUGUGAUCCUCAACUCAACAACAAAGCGGGGCCUCAGAGAGCAAAAAUGGCAUUGCAGGCACCAAGUCUUCACUGCGUCCCCACCGUGAAUGGUGGCCUGAGAAGACCCUCCGCCAGCCCUUUUGCUCUCAAGUCCUCAUUCUUCUCUGGUUCACUCAAUCUUCAUCUUCAUCCCAAUCACCGCCACCUCAUUUCAGCAUCACCUAGGAUUUCCAUGCGCGUCGCUUCCAAACAGGCCUAUAUCUGUCGCGAUUGCGGGUAUAUUUACAAUGACAGAACUCCCUUUGAAAAGUUGGCUGAUAACUAUUUCUGCCCUGUUUGUGGUGCUCCAAAACGAAGAUUUAGGCCAUAUGCACCAGCUGUCAGUAAAGAUGCCAAUAGCACAGAUGUUAGAAAGGCACGAAAAGCUGAACUACAGAAAGAUGAAGCAAUUGGGAAAGCACUUCCUAUUGCAGUUGUCGUGGGAAUUGCAGUGCUUGCUGGAUUAUAUUUCUAUCUGAAUAGCCAAUACUAGGCUGAAUGAAUGUUUGAUUGCAGUUUAUGCCUUCCUUUUCUGUUCUUCAUUCUGUCAGAAUGACCAUACAAUAAAUGAUACAAUUAUUUUUAGAGAGAAGAAUGUUCAUAUUUGUCAACCCUGGCGGGUCAAGGAUGCAAUGCAAUGUUGUUAAUAGAGGGGAGAAUUGAUUUA